UAAGAUAUGCAGUCGAUGCCUAUGGUGAUUGUGUGAAAGUUGUGGUGUUUCUUACAUUUUUGUUUGUGUGUAUUUGUGAAGUUAUAUUGCAUUGAGUGGAUAAAGCAGUGUCCUGAUGCCAAUAUCUUGCCUUGAAAAGAAGUUCCAAGCGCAGCAAGAAAUCUGUUGUAAUGGCUUCACCGAUUCGAAGAAGCGGUAGAUUGCAGCUUGCAGAGAUUAUGAAAAGGCCAAAAGUACACGCUGCGCAUGUCGACCUGGUCGAUGAUGACGAGGAUUCUGUGGAAGAUAGAGGUGCAGAUGGGAAUGAUAAUGCUGGUUCAGAUGUGUCUGGAGAUGAUGCAGUGAUUGCGGGAGAUGAAGGCGGGAAUGCAGAAGAGGAGACUGACAGUGAUGAUGCAUUUGAUGACCCACCUCAGAAGACAUCAACUGACCCUUCACCGAGUGCUUCGAGGAAGAAUGCUGCAACAGUAAAGAAACGAAAGAGGGAGGGGAUAACCAAAUUGAAGGAGAAGUACUUACGAAUUCAGUCAAGAGCUUCUCCAAACGUUUUGCAAAAAGUGGUUGAAUCUCUGAACGAAGUUCAGAGGAGGGAAGUUGUGAGAAUUGGGUUUGGGUCUAUGUUAAAGAUCAAGUUAAUAGAGCUUCCAGCGAAACUAGGAUAUUGGGUGGUAGAGAAAUUUAAUCCUAGGAGUAGCAGUAUUGAACUUGCAGAUGGAACGAAGGUGCGUGUUACGGUGGAUGAUAUUAGACAUGUUUUGGGUUUGCCGUGUGGGCGUGCUAAGAGUGAAGUGGGAGAAGGGGAAAAGAAAAUACUAUACUGGACCUUUAUUGUGCUUGUUGGAAUAGGUGAAGGGCAAUCAACCACACGGCCACCUCUUUUUGAUGGAACCAAUUAUACAUAUUGGAAAGAACGAAUGAGAAUCUAUAUUCGUUCCACGAACUUCCAAUUAUGGUUGGUUAUCAAAAACGGGGAAGAGGUACCGAUGAAGAAAGUCGGAGACAAGUUGAUCCCCAAGACCGAAGACGAGUUUGAUGCCGAGGACAUCAAAAAGGUCGAGAAUUAUGCAAAAGCAAUAAACAUGCUUUAUUGUGCCGUAAAUCCUGAUGACUACCGCAAGAUCUCUUGCUGCUCAACCGCCAAAGAGAUGUGGGAUAAACUUGAGGUGACGUACGAAGGAACGGACCAAGUACGUGAAGCCAAGAUUGACUUCCUCACCCAAGAAUAUGAGAUGUUCAGGAUGAAGGAGCACGAGAAUGUCGAUGAUAUGUUCGACCGUUUUUCCAAGAUAGUCAACGAUCUUCAUGCAUUAAAGAAGACUUACACCGACAGGGAUCUUGUGCGAAAGAUCCUACGGAGCUUGACAUCCGAAUGGCGAUCCAAGGCCGAUGCCAUCUAUGAGUCAAUCGGCACAUCAACUGUCACCAUCGACGAUUUAAGAGGGUAGGACAUAUAGCUCCCGUGUGUUUCACUAAACAUAGGCAUUUGACCUUUAAUGAAACACACACCAUAUUUAGUGCUGACGAAAAGAAAUCCUUUGGAAAAGGAUAUUCGAAUCAUAAACAAUCUCCACAGGAUAGUGCACAAAAGAAACCGUAUUAUUUCUUCUACUUUGACGAAAAGAAGAAAGUCCACAUUCCGUU